AUGGGGCGUAACUCCGGCGCUAUGUGGGGGCGUCGCGCGUGCUGGGCGCUGCUAGUGCUCCUGCCGCUGCUGUUCGUCGCGGCCAGGUCGGAGGAGGAGAAGAAGAGCCUCGGGACCGUCAUCGGGAUCGACCUCGGGACCACGUACUCGUGCGUCGGCGUCUACCGCAAUGGAAGGGUGGAGAUCAUCGCCAACGAGAUGGGUAACCGCAUCACCCCGUCCUACGUGGCGUUCACCGACAGCGAGCGCCUCAUCGGCGACGCGGCCAAGAACCAGGCGCACAUGAACCCGAAGCGGACCAUCUACGACGUCAAGCGUCUGAUCGGGCGCGACUUCACGGACGAGAACGUGCAGCGGGACCGCAAGCUGGUGUCGUACGACAUCGUCAACAAGGACGGGAAGCCGUACGUGCAGGUCGAGGUCAACGGCGAGAAGCGCAAGUUCUCGCCCGAGGAGGUGUCGGCGAUGAUCCUGGGCAAGAUGAAGGAGAUCGCCGAGGCGUACCUGGGCCACUCGGUGUCGCACGCCGUGGUCACGGUGCCGGCGUACUUCAACGACGCGCAGCGCCAGGCCACGAAGGACGCCGGCGUCAUCUCGGGCCUCAAGGUGGAGCGCAUCAUCAACGAGCCCACGGCCGCGGCGAUCGCGUACGGCCUGGACAAGAAGGGCGGCGAGAAGAACAUCCUCGUGUACGACCUCGGCGGCGGCACCUUCGACGUGUCCAUCCUCACCAUCGACAACGGCGUGUUCGAGGUGGUGUCGACCAACGGCGACACGCACCUCGGCGGCGAGGACUUCGACCAGCGCAUGAUGGAGUACUUCAUCCGCCUCGUCAAGCGCAAGCACGGCAAGGACAUCGGCAAGGACGGCCGCGCGCUCGCCAAGCUCCGCCGCGAGGUCGAGCGCGCCAAGCGCGCGCUGUCGUCGCAGCACCAGAUCCGCGUGGAGGUCGAGGCGCUCGUCGAGGGCAUCGACCUGUCGGAGCCGCUGACGCGCGCGAGGUUCGAGGAGCGCAACCUGGACCUGUUCCGCAAGACGCUGGGCCCGGUCAAGAAGGCCAUGUCUGACGCGGGGCUGGAGAAGUCGGAGAUCGACGAGAUCGUGCUCGUGGGCGGGUCGACGCGCAUCCCCAAGGUGCAGGAGCUGCUGAAGGAGGCGUUCGACGGCAAGGAGCCGAACAAGGGCGUGAACCCGGACGAGGCGGUGGCGUACGGCGCGGCGGUGCAGGGCGGCAUCCUGUCGGGCGUGCAGGACGACAACACCAAGGACAUCCUGCUGAUCGACGUGUGCCCGCUGUCGAUGGGCAUCGAGACGGUCGGCGGCGUGAUGACCAAGCUGAUCCCGCGCAACACGGUGAUCCCGACGAAGAAGUCGCAGGUGUUCACCACGUACCAGGACCAGCAGUCGACGGUGUCGAUCCAGGUGUUCGAGGGCGAGCGCACGAUGACCAAGGACAACCACCUCCUGGGCAAGUUCGACCUGUCGGGCAUCCCGCCGGCGCCGCGCGGCGUCCCGCAGAUCGAGGUGACGUUUGAGAUUGACGCCAACGGCAUCCUGAACGUGGGCGCCCAGGACAAGGGCACGGGCAAGUCGGAGCGCAUCACGAUCACGAACGACAAGGGUCGGCUCAGCGAGGAGGACAUCGAGCGCAUGGUGCGCGAGGCGGAGGAGUUUGCGGAGUCGGACAAGGCGGCCAAGGCCAAGAUCGACGCGCGCAACUCGCUGGAGACCUACUGCUACAACAUGAAGAACUCGAUCGGGGACGAGAGCAGCAAGCUGUCGGAGAACCUGGAGGAGGACGACAAGGAGACGAUCACCAAGGCCAUCGAGGAGGCGCUCGAGUGGCUGGACGACAACCAGGACGCCGACACCGACGAGUACAAGGACAAGCUCAAGGAGCUCGAGGACGCGUGCAACCCCAUCCUGCAGAAGGCCUACGCCGCGGCGGGCGGGCCGGACGGCGGCGCGGGCGGGGACGACGACGACGACCUCGACGACCACGACGAGCUCUGA